AUGAGAAAGAGAGAGGAGGCUACGGCAGCACGGAUUGAGAUGAGAAAGAGAGAGGAGGCUACGGCAGCACGGGUUGAGAUGAGAAAGAGAGAGGAGGCUACGGCAGCAUGGGUUGAGAUGAGAAAGAGAGAGGAGGCUACGGCAGCACGGGUUGAGACGAGAAAGAGAGAGGAGGCUACGGCAGCACGGGUUGAGAUGAGAAAGAGAGAGGAGGCUACGGCAGCACGGGUUGAGACGAGAAAGAGAGAGGAGGCUACGGCAGCACGGGUUGAGAUGAGAAAGAGAGAGGAGGCUACGGCAGCAUGGGUUGAGAUGAGAAAGAGAGAGGAGGCUACGGCAGCACGGGUUGAGAUGAGAAAGAGAGAGGAGGCUACGGCAGCACGGGUUGAGAUGAGAAAGAGAGAGGAGGCUACGGCAGCAUGGGUUGAGAUGAGAAAGAGAGAGGAGGCUACGGCAGCAUGGGUUGAGAUGAGAAAGAGAGAGGAGGCUACGGCAGCACGGGUUGAGAUGAGAAAGAGAGAGGAGGCUACGGCAGCAUGGGUUGAGAUGAGAAAGAGAGAGGAGGCUACGGCAGCACGGGUUGAGAUGAGAAAGAGAGAGGAGGCUACGGCAGCACGUGUUGAGACGAGAAAGAGAGAGGAAAUAGCAAAGGCUCCAAGGAAGAGGGCGAGGCAGGAGAUGAGGGCAAGCACUGCAAGGAGUGACGCAGUUGAUAUUAAUAUUAUUAGGGCAUAUGCGUAUGAGUGUGCGGAGUGUGAUGGCCAUGGGAGUGUGAGCGAUGAGGAGAAUGAUGGCAACAGAAAUGGAAACAUUUUUGCUUUUGGGUUUUACUUUGCUCUACUGUUUUACGUCGUCAACGUCCACAAUAACCCCACCAACAACUACAAAUGCAACAACAGUAACAUCGAUGACAGUGCCAACGACAACUAUAAAUUCAACAACAAUAUCACCGAUGACAGCGCCUAUGACGACUGCAAAUGGAACAACAAUAACACCAAUGACAGCGCCAAUGACGACUGCAAAUGGAACAACAAUAACACCGAUGACAGCGUCAAUGACGACUGCAAAUGGAACAACAAUAACACCGAUGACAGCGUCAAUGACGACUGCAAAUGGAACAACAAUAACACCGAUGACAGCGUCAAUGACGACUGCAAAUGGAACAACAAUAACACCGAUGACAGCGUCAAUGACGACUGCAAAUGGAACAACAAUAACACCGAUGACAGCGUCAAUGACGACUGCAAAUGGAACAACAAUAACACCGAUGACAGCGCCAAUGACGACUGCAAAUGGAACAACAAUAACACCAAUGACAGCGCCAAUGACGACUGCAAAUGGAACAACAAUAACACCGAUGACAGCGCCAAUGACGACUGCAAAUGGAACAACAAUAACACCGAUGACAGCGUCAAUGACGACUGCAAAUGGAACAACAAUAACACCAAUGACAGCGCCAAUGACGACUGCAAAUGGAACAACAAUAACACCAAUGACAGCGCCAAUGACGACUGCAAAUGGAACAACAAUAACACCGAUGACAGCGUCAAUGACGACUGCAAAUGGAACAACAAUAACACCGAUGACAGCGCCAAUGACGACUGCAAAUGGAACAACAAUAACACCGAUGACAGCGUCAAUGACGACUGCAAAUGGAACAACAACAACACCGAUGACAGCGUCAAUGACGACUGCAAAUGGAACAACAAUAACACCGAUGACAGCGCCAAUGACGACUGCAAAUGGAACAACAAUAACACCGAUGACAGAGCCAAUGACGACUGCAAAUGGAACAACAAAUACACCGAUGACAGCGCCAAUGACGACUAUAAAUUCAACAACAAUUACACCGAUGACAGCGCCUAUGACGACUAUAAAUUCAACAACAAUAACACCGAUGACAGCGCCUAUGACAACUAUAAAUUCAACAACAAUAACACCGAUGACAGCGCCAAUGACAUCUGCAAAUGGAACAACAAUAACACCAAUGACAGCGCCUAUGACGACUGCAAAUGGAACAACAAUAUCACCGAUUACAGCGCCAAUGACGACUGCAAAUGCAACAACAAUAUCACCGAUGACAGCGCCAAUGACGACGGACAAUGCAACAACAAUAACACCGAUGACAGCGCCUAUGACGACUGCAAAUGCAACAACAAUAACACCGAUGACAGCGCCUAUGACGACGGAAAAUGCAACAACAAUAACACCGAUGACAGCGCCUAUGACGACUGCAAAUGGAACAACAAUAUCACCGAUUACAGCGCCAAUGACGACUGCAAAUGCAACAACAAUAUCACCGAUGACAGCGCCAAUGACGACGGAAAAUGCAACAACAAUAACACCGAUGACAGCGCCUAUGACGACGGCAAAUGCAACAACAAUAACACCGAUGACAGCACCUAUGACAACUGCAAAUGCAACAACAAUUACACCAAUGACAGCGCCAACGACAACUACAAAUGCAACAACAAUUACACCGAUGACAGCGCCAACGACAACUACAAAUGCAACAACAAUUACACCGAUGACAGCGCCAAUGGCGAACGCUACCAAUGCAACAACCGUAACACCGAUGACAAUGCCAACGACAAGUAUAAAUGCAACAACAAUAACAGCGCCAACGACGAACGCUACAAAUGUAACAACAAUAACGCCGAUGACAGCGCCAACGACAACUGCAAAUGCAACAACAAUAACACCGAUGACAGCGCCAACGACGAACGCUACAAAUGCAACAACAAUAACACCCAUAACAGCGCCAACGACAACCAUAAAUGCAAAAACAAUAACACCGGUGACAGCGCCAACGACAACUAUAAAUGCAACAACAAUAACAGCGCCAACGACGAACGCUACAAAGGCAACAACAAUAACACCAAUAGCAGCGCCAACGACAACUAUAAAUGCAACAACAAUAACACCAAUAACAGCGCCAAUGACGAACACUACAAAUGCAACAACAAUAACACCGGUGACAGCGCCAACGACAACUAUAAAUGCAACAACAAUAACAGCGCCAACGACGAACACUACAAAUGUAACAACAAUAACACCGAUAACAGCGCCAACGACAACUAUAAAUGCAACAACAAUAACACCAAUAACAGCGCCAAUGACGAACGCUACAAAUGCAACAACAAUAACACCGAUGACAGCACCAACGACAACUAUAAAUGCAACAACAAUAAAAUCAAUAACAGCGUCAACGACGAACGCUUCAAAUGCAACAACAAUAACACCGAUGACAGCGCCAACGACAACAAUAAAUGCAACAACAAUAACAUCAAUAACAGCGUCAACGACGAACGCUACAAAUGCAACAACAAUAACACCGGUGACAGCGCCAACGACAACAAUAAAUGCAACAACAAUAACAUCAAUAACAGCGUCAACGACGAACGCUACAAAUGCAACAACAAUAACACCGAUGGCAGCGCCAACGACGAACGCUUCAAAUGCAACAUCAACAACACCGAUGACAGCGCCAAUGACGAACGCUACAAAUGCAACAACAAUAACACCGAUGACAGCGCCAACGACGAACGCUUCAAAUGCAACAUCAACAACAGCGCCAGACACGCUGCCAAAAAAAACGACCCAAGCUCCAACAAUAACAACAACAGAUUCUACGGAUUCAAAUACAACAACACAAACAACAACAGCCGCCUCGACAACAGACCGCUCAAUUGACGAUACGGCGGAAGAGGAAGAAAAAAAGGCCGCGGAUGCCCAAGCGACAAAGGCCGUCACUGCCGGAAGUGUGAUUGCGGUUUCCAUGGCCGGCACAGUCAUGGGUGUUAGCAUAGCUGCCGUUGUAGGCUCUCAGA